AUGAAACUCUGCGCGGUUAAACAUUUCCUACUUCAAGGCCUUGAAGGCUUUUGGCAAGUGUUCCAGUCAUUCUACUCCGAUAAACUGUUUGAAUCUGCAGUGAUUUUUGCCCCGGUCGAUCACCUUCCGGUUGACUGUAUUUUAGACACCUGCCCCAUCUCCUCGGAACAGGCACGAAAUGGCAUCAUUGCACUGGCUCGUGAUCUGGCCGGUGUGGCAUUUAGUCUGAAUACAAAGUCCUCUUUCCAGAUGUUCCUUGACUGGUUCUACCCCUCCUGUUUCACCCUCUUCAGUCGGGCUCUCGAGUUAUGGCCCUUCGACCCCCAGGUCCUCUCACCUGUCCUCAAACUGCUAACAGAGGUCGUCCACAACCGUAAUGGACGUUUGAUGUUUGAUGCAACCAUUCCGAUGGGCUACUUGCUGCUCAGUGAAAUGGCCAAGAUACUGGUGUCUUCCGGUUCCCAACUCCUCCCGUACUUUGCACAAGUGCCAAAGGAGAGUAUCUUUUCGCACAAGAUUAAACCCCUCACCCGGCUCAUAAAUGCCCUGAGGACAACGGUAGCCGGAAACUUUGCGAACUUCGCCAUUUUCGGACUUGUUGGUGAUGAAUCCUUCGAGAAAGCCAUCGAAUUGGGAGCCCAGUUGCUGAUGUGUGUUUCUGAUGAAGAGCUUCGUAGCUACACCAAAUUGGCUAGGGCUUACUUCUCCUUGCUUGAGUGUCUCACCCAAGACCACAUGGUGCUUCUCAGUUCACUCGAUGCCACCGUCCUUCGACGAGUUUUUGAUGCAGUCGUUGUCGGCGUUGACUCCCUGGGUAAGCCUGUGGUCUGUUCUCUGGCUGUCCACCUUAUCUGA